UUCGAGUCGGAAUGUAAACAGUGUAGCACCGCACCAGUGCAGCAAGAGGUUAUGUAGCCGGUAGGUCUAAAUAAAUCUUUAAAUAACACAAAUGAGAGCCGGACGCUGUGAUAUUUUAGUUUGAACCAUGAAACUGUACCAGACUCUCCGUAAUGUCGGCAAGUUCAGGACCGUGUUCGACUUCGGUGGACGGGACGUGGCUCAUUGGUUCCCCGGACACAUGGCCAAAGGACUGAAGCAGAUGAAAGCCAACCUCAAGAGUGUGGACUGCAUCAUAGAAAUCCACGAUGCCAGAAUCCCCUUCUCUGGAAGAAACCCUGUGUUUCAGGAGAAUCUAGAUGUCAAACCUCAUCUCCUAAUUCUCAACAAGAUGGACCUUGCUGAUUUGUCCAGCAAGCAGAGAAUCCUGACGACACUAGAAAAUAAUGGCGUGAGGAAUGUCAUCUUCACCGACUGCUUAAAGCAGAGAGAUGACAACAUCAAAGAGUUGGUGCCAAUGGUUGUGGACAUUAUUAAGAAACAGCCACGCUUCAACAGAUUUGAGAGCAGGAAUUAUUGCCUGAUGGUGAUCGGAGUGCCCAACGUGGGGAAGUCGUCUCUUAUUAACUCAGUAAGAAGAACACAUUUGAAAAAAGGUCGUGCAUCUCGAGUAGGUGGGGAGCCAGGUAUAACUAAAGCGGUUCUGACUAAAAUUCAGGUGUGUGAGCGACCCAUAAUGCAUCUGUUGGACACACCAGGAGUCUUGCCUCCAAAGAUUGAGAGUGUUGAAACGGGCAUGAAGCUGGCUUUAUGUGGAACUAUUCUGGACCAUUUAGUGGGUGAAGACAUUAUCGCUGACUACUUACUGUAUUCUCUGAACAGGACAGCAAAGUUCAGUUAUGUAGAGAAAUAUGACCUCCAAGAGCCAAGUGACGACAUCCAGAAUGUCCUUAAACGAAUUGCUGUAAAACUUGGAAAGACUCAACGGGUCAAAGCCAUCACUGGACUGGGAAACAUUACCGUCACUGUCCCCAACUACACUGCAGCGGCUUACGAUUUCAUAAGAUCCUUCAGGAAAGGAGAGCUGGGACAAGUAAUGCUGGACUGACCUGAGCCAUUUUAAAGAAAACAACCAGAAACUGUUUCUGGGUUUCUCCAGUUUGCCCUCAACCUGGGAGGAUUUAUAUUUAACCACAGAAGUGUUUCCAAGGGAGCAUAGUCAGUCUCCGUCCUCAAGCCUUUGACAUUUUGGGGACAUGAAGGAGUUUCUGUUGGGUGAUGUAAAAAUGCACCAAAGCACUGUAUCUUUUUUGUAAAUAUAAGAAUUUAACUUGA